CAACAUGGUUGCGUGAUAUAGGAAUUAUUAGGUGUUUGUGAUCCUUUAGUAUUGUGUUUAUUUCUAGUUGAGAGGGAAAUUAUUAUAUUUAUUCGAUUAUUCAGGGUUCAGCUUUUAUGUUACAUCAUGAGUUUGGUAAAAUAAUGAUACGGACUUCUACGUAAAUCAAAAGUAUAGUCCAUCAAAAAUUCAAUCUGAAGCAGUGAAGACAAAAUUAGGUCGACGUUUUUUCCUGUCAACCGUAAACAACUUGUUUUGAUCAAUUUGUAAUUCUGGCGUUUAUUACUAGCACAGUUUCCAAUAACAAACAAAAUGUCGAGUGCAGCAAGAUGUGGACGAGUUGCACUUCGUCACUUUGGAUCAAGAACUACAGGCCCAUCCAUCAGUAGAGUUAAAUACUUACUGUUUCCUGCCAUUGAAGAGCAGCGGACAUCCGUUGCUUCCUCCGUGAUUCUGUUCAGACGGUUCAGCAGUCAGACGGGCGGAGGAAGCAACGGGGACAAACCCCCUGUCCAGAAUUCUUCACAUGGAGACAAGGGAGGGGACAAGAAAGGAUCGGGUCAUUUACGAUGUCCUAAAUGUGGAGAUCCGUGCACCCACGUGGAAACCUUUGUCUCAUCAACUCGGUUUGUAAAGUGUGAGAAGUGUCACCACUUCUUUGUCGUACUGUCAGACGAUUCCAAGAAAAGCUUUAAAGAAAAUCGUGAUGACAGAUUAGGUCAGAAAAAGAAACCACCACCACCACCACGAAAGAUUUAUGAAUACCUUGAGAAGUAUGUCGUCGGCCAAGACUAUGCAAAGAAGGUUUUAUCUGUAGCUGUCUAUAACCACUACAAACGUAUCUAUCACAACCUUCCGACCAACUCGUCGUCGAGUAAACCCAGCUCUGAGGUGAUCCCUCCAGAUCCCAUCCGUCAGUAUCCUAAUACAUUUUCUCCUCGAGACAUGCUGCAGAUAGCUGUCAGUGGUCCCGGCAGUCCCCUUGGACCCAGUCUACAGCAGCAGCAGCCACAAUCCGAAGACCUGACACGGCGGUCCGACAUUCUCGAGUCGACGAGUCAUGAGCUGCGUCUUGAGAAGAGUAACAUCCUCAUGCUGGGAUCCACAGGGUCAGGCAAGACUCUGCUGGCUCAAACCCUUGCUCAAUGUCUGGAUGUUCCAUUUGCAAUCUGUGAUUGCACGACCUUGACACAGGCUGGCUACGUUGGUGAGGACAUCGAAUCUGUUGUCGCCAAACUGCUGCAAGAUGCCAACUAUAAUGUUGAGAAAACACAGCAAGGUAUAAUCUUCCUUGACGAAGUGGAUAAAAUUGGCAGUGUUCCAGGAAUUCACCAGCUGCGUGAUGUGGGUGGUGAGGGUGUUCAGCAGGGUAUGCUGAAGAUGUUGGAGGGAACGAUUGUGAACGUGCCCGAGCGGAACUCGCGGAAACUGCGUGGUGAAACGGUUCAGGUCGACACAACCAACAUCCUCUUCAUAGCUUCGGGUGCCUUCAACGGAUUAGACAGAAUAAUCAGUCGGAGAAAAAAUGAGAAGUAUCUCGGUUUUGGGGCCCCGUCGACAACGAACGAGGGUCGGCGGGCUGCCACGGCAGCUGACUUCAAGAACCAGGCGGAGGGGACGGCAGCGGCUGAAGACAAUGAGGAGCGAGACGCGCUGCUGCGGAAGGUGGAGGCGCGCGACCUCAUUGAGUUCGGCAUGAUCCCCGAGUUCGUGGGGAGGCUCCCCGUCAUCGUGCCCUUCCACUGUCUCACCGAGGACAUGCUCGUACAGAUUCUCACCACCCCGAGGAAUGCGCUCAUCCCGCAGUACCAGGCGCUCUUCAGUAUGGAUAAGGCUCACCUGGAUGUUAAGCCCGAGGCGAUGAAGGCAAUCGCGUUGAUGGCGCUCGAGAGGAAGACUGGAGCCAGGGGUCUCCGGGCUAUCAUGGAAACCAUACUAUUAGAAUCGAUGUUCGAUGUUCCCGGGUCUGACAUAUCGACCGUGAUAAUCACACACGAAGUUGUUGAGGGAAAGAAACCUGCAGAGUACAUCCGUGAACAGCGCGAGCCCACGCCUGAAUUGGAGGACGAAAACGUGUACGAACAGGAAGAAAUAAAAAUGCACCAUUCAUGAGAUCGUCAUGCCGUGUGUGCACAGCGAUGGAAUUGAGUGAAAGUGUUGUACUGGACUUUUUAUUUGUUGAACGUUUGCUGUAUAUUCAGCUAGUAUUUGGAGCAAUGCAAAUAGUUUACAACAAUGUAUCAUUAAAUCAUUUUGACGCCAUGUUAUGUUAAAUACAGUCAAACCUGUUACAGCGUCCAACUUUGUUAAAGAGGCUAUCUGUCUUUAGAAACUGUUCUACUGUAUUAACCAGCCACCCGUGUUAAAGGAUAACCUUACUGUUCUCCCAGCAUAUGUAGUAUACAGUCAAACCUGAUGUAGCAGCCACCUGUGUUAAGAAGCCAUAUUUUCUGUUCUUCCAAAUCAUUUAAUAUGGUAUAACCCAACCUGUAUUAAGCAGCCAUCUGUCAUAGAAGGUCACUGUUUGGAUACGCCCUUUGGUUUCUGUUUAACACAGAGUUGACUGUAUUCUCUUAUCAGCUGAUUUACAUUAUAAUAGGCCACGUUGCUUUCUAUUACAUCCUCCAAUAUAGAAUUUCAAACUCUGUGGUAUGUGCUGUCCUUUGAAUGAAAAAGAAGAUAUAAAAGAUAUCUUGCUGCGUUUUGUUACAAGUAGCCUAUGUGGUGUUAGCAUAUGUCCUUUCAUUCUGUAGACAAAAUGUUGACAUAUCUAUAUCCUAGACAACCCCAAAAUAAUAUAGUAAUUAAUCUCAGUUUGCUAAACAUCCCCUUGUCUCUGGAGGUCAUCUUACUUUGUUUCCAAACAAUCUAUAGUCCUUCCCACAGGGAACGCCUUUUUUCAAACUACAAGUUAUUUAUUUCUGAGCUGAUUGUUUUCUAAGGGACUGUAGAAUAGUACAUCCAUGGAAGAAGUUUGUUUUGUUUAAUGACACCACUAGAGCACAUUGUUUAAUUAAUCAUUGGCUAAUGUGUGUCAAACAUUUGGUAAUUCUGACAUGUAGUCAUCAGAGGAAAUGCGCUACAUUUUUCCUAAUGCAGCAAGGGAUCUUUUAUAUGCACUUUUCCACAGACGGGAAAGUACAUGCCACGGGCCUUUAAUCAGUUGUGGUGCACUGGUUGGAACGAGCAAAAACCCAAUCAGUUGAAUGGAUCCAUAGAAGUGGUUCGUACAUCCAUGGAAUUUGUCAGGUUGAUAAAAUAAACAGAAUAUUAUUACUUGUAUACCAUCUUUUUCCCUCAAGUAUAGUAUAGUAUAAUUUGACCUGUGGUAAGCAGUGUGUUGCUUUAAAAGACCACCUUACUAUAUUAUUCCAAAUUGACUUGCAUUUAGCAAUGAACUAUUUGAAGAGGAUGUUUUCUCAUGUUUUGAUAAGCGGCUGCCUUAAACAGGUUUGACUGUAUGGUGUAUUGUUAUAUUUAUGGGGCAUUUCCAUAGUUAAAGCUUAAGAGACAAUACUAAAGUAAAGCUUGUAAAGUAUGAUAUUGUGUAUCGUUAACUUGUGGACUGAUCUCGUUACAGAGCCCUAUGUUGUACACUUGAAACAUUUCACAGCACUGCACUAGUUAACACCAUUUUCAAUAAAAAAUAUCAAUCCAUAUCUUGAUUUAAAUUUAAGAAUAUUUUGGAAUUUUGUUAAUUGAUUUCUGUGAAAUUUAACUUAACAGAUAGAAUUCAUAUUUUUUAAAGUGCUUUGGUGAAAUGUGAAUUUGUAUUCGAAAUAAUAGAUUCAUAUUUAAUUUUUUUUUGUCAAAAUGGUGUUACAUUUUGUUUGAUGUAUAUUUAAGAAUAUUUACUAACAUAAUGGCAUUUGGUUGGGAUUGCACUGCAGUUGUAAACUAUUUUGUUGUAUGGACACUUGCUUUGUUUUCAAACUGAGUUGUAAGAGAUCUUUUCUGUACUUAAUUCAAUGACAUUUUAAAAACUGGAAUGUGGUAUAUUAAUAUUCAAUGUUACACAAUUGUAUUACAUCAUUGAACUUGUAAAAAUGUUCAUCAGUUUGAAUUUUGUAUCUAAAAUGUACUGUAGUUACAAUUUCUAAUACUUGUAUUUAUUAUGAAUUUUAUUUAUGUUUGUGGCUGGUAAAUUUUGUUAAAGAUAAUGUGUGUAUUUGUAUAAAUCAACUGAUUUAACAUGAUAAAUAAUAAUCGAAUUAUUUUUCUUUUGUUUUUCAUUUUUUUUCUCUUCAGUUGAUCUUCAUGCUCAGUAUUUGAAAAUUAAUUUAACUUUGUAUUCGGAAGCUUAUUAUAUAUUCUGUUUUAUCUUCCAGUAGUAUAUUUCAAGACAACUUUUAUAUCUAUUAAGAAAACAACAACCAACAACAACUAAAAAAACUUAACCAGUAAACACUAACAUAGCUCUAGCAAUAAAGAUGUCAAAAUGUUAUUUGAAGUGUUUAGCAUGUUCGUAAUAUGCAUGUUCGUCAUAUUGUGAUACAACCCUAUCAGCAUUGUCCUUAAUUUUGUGAUAUUUCUUCAUAAAGAAAGUGUGUAAUAGUUAUAAUUGUGAUUUUUGGAGCAAUAAAAAAAGCUAGUUUUUACUUUUAAAAGUUUUUUCUUACUGUUAUUACACUGAAAAAUACAUAGUGAAUUAAACAGAGCGUUGAAAUAUCUCUAAUUAUAUUCAUUUCAAUGCUAUCAAUACUGAAUUAAACAAAAAGGUUUUUAAAGGCUUCCAUUUAUCUCUGCUGCAUUUAUAACUUAUUUUAAUCAAGAGACCACAACAUAUCAAAUCGCUAUACAUUGCCGUUAACUAUAUAGAUGUAUGUCACACUUGUACACAGAAAAUAAUAUGUCGGUGUGUGUCUGUGUGCACAUACUUAUGGUGUAAAGGUAUACUGUGUGUGUGUGUGUGUGUGUGUGUGUGUGUGUGUAUGUAAGUCAAUUGUAAGUACAAAAAAUGCAAUACCAGACGAGGGCUGUAACUGCAAUGAGCGUCGCAUUUGUUUUACUUACAAUAUAAAAGAUCCCUUGCUGCUAAUCGAAAAGAGUAGCUCAUGAAGUGGUAACAGCGGGUUUCCUCUCUCAAUAUCUGUGUUGUUCAUAACCAUAUGUCUGACGCCAUAUGACCGUAAAUACAAUGUGUUGAGUGCAUCGUUAAAUAAAACAUUUCUUUCUUUUUUUGUUUUACUUACAGUGUUGAAUCUGUUGCUAUUUUAACAUUAUUUGAACUAUGGGCCACUGAAUGUGGAAAAUGUCCAUUUAGUAAUGGGUGUGAAAUAUCAAAGUUAGUCCCCAUAAUUUUUUAAAAAUAGAAUUCCUUAUCAGGUUUUUGUGGGAGUCAGCCAAUAUAUGAUGUCAGUUAUAUCAAAACAGCAUUUACUGUCACAUGGAUUGCUGUGUAUAUCAUGGGAAUACGUACAUGUAACAUUUCAUAUACAUUGUUUUGUAGCCAUUCCUACUUUUUGUGUUUUUGUCUUCAAAUAGUCUGUGCAUUUUGUUCUUUUUGUUGUACGAAAAAACAUUUUGUGUCCACCUAAAGUUACUUUUUACAAUGCUUGAAACUGCCAAACUCGUGACAUUAAUGUUUUUCCUUUUUGGUUGUUAUUUCUCCAAGUCAGUUUUGUGGUAAUAUUUUGCUUCAUUAUUUUUUCAAGUCAACUUUUUUGUGAUAAUAUUUUUCUUUAUUUUUUCCCAAGUCAGUUUUUGUAGUAAUAUUUUCCUUAAUUCUUUCUCUAAGUCAGUUCUAUGUAGGUUUUGUUUGUUCGUUUCUAUCAGUUCAUAGACAUGCUUUUAUGUAGAGAAAGAAAGUAAAACGUAUAUUGAUAAUAAUUGUGUAUUUUCCAUAUGAACAGUCUGGUCACGUUACUGUAUUUCACUGAUAUAUGAUUACACACUUUCUGCCAUGAUAUAAUUUAAUAAUUUCUGAUUGGACGACAUCACUAAAAAAGGAAAGAAAAUUGCUUCAUUACAUCAAAUAGGAUGUUAUUACGUAAAACAGGUCAUGCAAAGAAUGUUCGAAACAUAUUUAUGUGUAUUUUUAAGUAAAUAAAUUGUGUUUUGUAAUUAUAAA